GAUCCUCCGUGAAAGUUCUUCGUAUUACUAAUAAUACUAUUGAGUUUCUCGAUAGUCAGAGAGAACAAGUUCAAGUUAAUUUUGCACCUGAUAUAAAUGAAGAAUUAAUAGAAAGAAACUGA